AUGGCUAAAACGGCACUGCAACGUUUCGAAUUUACUCGACGUGUAAUACGAAUAUGUUCACGAUUUGUGGGAGCGGAUGUUUUAAACGAAAACUAUCGGCCAAAUAUACUAACUGUGCUGGCCUACGUCUGUUUAUGUGUGUAUUUUUACUGUACCGGCUAUACCGUGUAUAAGAACAUCUACAUUGAUGGUCGGUGGACGGAUAUGUUGAAAACUCUAUGCAUGAUUAGUAGUGGUCUGCAGGGCUAUUCGAAAAUCACAAAUGCCAUUUUGAAUAAAGUCCCAAUACGCUACCUAGUGAACGAUCUGCACUCCAUUUAUAAGGAAUAUUCCGAUAAACAUUUCGAGUAUCGCAAAUGUUUGUCCAAGAGCAUGAACACAACCGACAAAAGUAUCCGCAUAUUGGGUAUAAUUUAUGUUAUAGCAACAUCUAGCCUCAUUAUUAUGGUUUUCGUUUAUCGAUUUGCUUUCCAUCAGCGUAUCUAUGUCCUGCAAUUCGAAAUGCCUCAUGUGGAUGUGAAUACCGAACAUGGCUAUUUGAUUACGAAUUGGGUACAUUUUACGUGCAUAUCGCUGGGGGCCUUUGGCAAUUAUGCCGCCGAUUUAGCCCUCCUCACGUGUAUCAGUAACGCACCCCUGUACAAGGAUAUUCUGAAGUGUAAGUUUCAUGAUCUAAAUGAAGUUCUGAAGCGAGCGGAUGCCGAGCAAAUGAAACGCUGUCACAUGCACCUAAAAGAUAUUUUCCAGUUCCAUCAACGCUAUAUAAAGUUUGUCGACACGGUUAGAGAGAACUAUUUUUGGGUGAUUGCCGUGGAAAUGUUCACAGUGGCCUUUAGCAUUGCCCUUACUUUGUUCUGUUUGAUUUUGGGUACUUGGCCAAACAAUGACAACAUCAUUGAGUCGUGCUAUACGGAAGUGAUUUGGUACCAACUAACACCCCGUGAUCGCAAAAUGUUACAAACUAUGUUGAUGAUGACCCAAAAUUCAGAGGGAUUGACAAUUGGUUCGGUUAUACCGCUAACCAUGGAUACAGGUCUGCAGUGGACUAAAACUAUUUACAGUAUGACCAUAAUGUUGAUCAAUUUUCUGGAUUAA